AAGGGGAUAGUAGCAGGAAUCAGGUCAAAGUUAUUAUUACAAAAGGCCUGAAAUUCCUUGCUAAGAAAAUCAGAAUGAAUACUGUAGGCAAAAGCAGGAGAAUCCUGUCAUCAUUUAUAUCUUUCAGGUAACUUUCAGCAGUGUCAGAGAUAAGACUUGAAAAUUACCAUGAGGUUUCUUCCCUUUUUUUCCUUUCCAUAUUUGACCCCAGAGCCCUGUAGACAUGGGUGUUAAUGGAGAUUAGGAAUUUCUCCUGUGGAGACCACUUAGGGGCUACUUUAACAGACGGAAAGAAUAAAAUAAACCAGAUGUGUUUCAGUGGCAAUAGAGAGGCAAGGACAGAUGGAAAGAUUUCAGGGAUACCGUGGGAAAUGUUACUCUACGUCACCUGCACUCUCUACUAUUACGUCAUCUCAAAUAAUACUUGAUAGAUGAGGCUUUCUCUGACUCACCCUGGCCAACCACCCAUGUGGGGUCUGUUUCCUAAGCUACCCAUGUACUUUAGGCAUACAUUUGUGUUCCCCAUUAAACUGCCAGCUAAUUUAGGGCAGGGCUAGUAUAUCUUUUCAUCUGUGUUCUCCUUAAGCCUUCUAAUGACCCGCAAAAAGGUGUGCUGGACGGUUGUUGAAUGAGUGGAAAAUAGGCAUUCAUAAAUGAUUUAAGAUUAAGGGCUAACUGGCAGUAAAACACUAGCAUUAAAGGUUCAGUAUAGCAAGACAGUGCGCCGUUUGCUACCAAUCAACCUAACCUUUCGUAGCACUUAAAAAAACAUUUUUUAAAAAAUUAAGCUGGCCAACUCCCCAUCCCACAAAUAGCGAGAGGCUAGAGUACUAGCUUUAAUAAAAUAACUUUUUUCCUUGGCUGAUUUUAUCGAGUUCCAGGGAGUGUUUUAAGACGUUAGUCCUGAGAUGGAACACGGGAGGUACCGGUUUCCCCAUCAGUUAGGCGGUAAAGGCGAUUGGGAACGCAAACCUCUAAAUCCCCCCGCGUGCCGGAACCAGGCGGCUCGAGCUGCGAUUUCCGGGCGGAUGCCCGAGCGUGCUACCAUGCAUCGAUUACUCUUGUCUGGGGGAGGUCUCGCGGGCGAGGACCGCGAGCUCGGAGGCGGAGGCUGCGAAGAGGCCGGUCCUCGUCCCCAGGGCGCUUGAGUUGCAGAGAUGCGGGCGGCCGGACGGCCGCUCUUGGCCCGUUUGGCACGUCGUGCCCGUGGAUCGGAGAGUUCAGUCAUGUUUUUACACGCAGUGACGUGCGGCUUGCGCAAGAACAAGUCCCUUCGCUGUGGAGCCCCCAUGUUGGUGACGGAGUUGGAGAGGUCUCUGGCCUGUCAGGAGGACCAUUGGUGCUGCAGUGGAAGCCAGUGGCUAAGUCUCGUGUAUGGCGUGGUUAAGGUUGCAGCCUCUCACCUCUGCCUUCCUCCAUUUUGGGCUGAUUACUUUUGUGCUCUUCCUGAAUGGUCUUCGGGCAGAGGCUGGUGGCUCAGGGGAUGUGCCCGGCACAGGGAAGAACAAUGAGUCCUGUUCAGGGUCAUCGGACUGCAAGGAGGGUGUCAUCUUACCAAUCUGGUACCCGGAGAACCCUUCUCUUGGGGAUAAGAUUGCCAGGGUCAUCGUCUAUUUUGUGGCCCUGAUAUACAUGUUCCUUGGGGUAUCCAUCAUUGCUGACCGCUUCAUGGCAUCUAUUGAAGUCAUCACUUCUCAAGAGAGAGAGGUGACUAUCAAAAAGCCCAAUGGAGAGACCAGCACAACAACGGUUCGGGUAUGGAACGAAACUGUCUCCAACCUGACCCUUAUGGCCCUGGGUUCCUCUGCUCCUGAGAUCCUCCUCUCUUUAAUUGAGGUAUGUGGUCAUGGGUUCAUUGCUGGUGAUCUGGGACCUUCUACCAUUGUGGGCAGUGCAGCCUUCAACAUGUUCAUCAUCAUUGGCAUCUGCGUCUACGUGAUCCCCGAUGGAGAGACUCGUAAGAUCAAGCACCUACGAGUCUUCUUUGUCACUGCUGCUUGGAGCAUCUUUGCCUACAUCUGGCUCUAUAUGAUCCUGGCGGUCUUUUCUCCUGGUGUGGUCCAGGUUUGGGAAGGCCUCCUCACUCUCAUCUUUUUUCCAGUGUGUGUCCUUCUGGCCUGGGUGGCAGAUAAACGACUGCUCUUCUACAAAUACAUGCACAAAAAGUACCGCACAGAUAAACACCGAGGAAUUAUCAUAGAGACAGAGGGUGACCACCCCAAGGGCAUUGAGAUGGAUGGGAAAAUGAUGAAUUCCCACUUUCUAGAUGGGAAUUUGGUGCCCCUGGAAGGGAAGGAAGUGGAUGAGUCCCGCAAGGAGGUGAUCCGGAUCCUCAAGGAUCUGAAGCAAAAACAUCCAGAGAAGGACCUAGAUCAGCUGGUAGAGAUGGCCAAUUACUAUGCUCUUUCCCAUCAACCGAAGAGCCGCGCCUUCUACCGGAUUCAAGCCAUCCGUAUGAUGACUGGCGCAGGCAACAUCCUGAGGAAACAUGCUGCAGAACGAGCCAAGAGGUCUGCCAACACGAGGGACGUGCACACCCAGGAGCCCGAGGACUUUGUCUCCAAGGUCUUCUUUGACCCGUGCUCUUACCAGUGCCUGGAGAACUGUGGGGCUGUGCUCCUGACGGUGGUGAGGAAAGGGGGGGACACGUCCAAGACCGUGUAUGUGGACUACAAAACAGAGGAUGGUUCUGCCAACGCGGGGGCUGACUAUGAGUUCACAGAGGGCACUGUGGUUCUGAAGCCAGGAGAGACCCAGAAGGAGUUCUCUGUGGGCAUCAUUGAUGACGACAUCUUUGAGGAAGACGAACACUUCUUCGUGAGGUUGAGCAAUGCCCGCACGGAGGAGUGGCAGCCGGAGGAGGGGGUGCCGCCAACAGUGCUGAGCAGCCCUCCCCGGCCUCGGGCUGUCCUGGUGUCCCCUUAUGUGGCCACGGUCACUAUCUUGGAUGAUGACCAUGCAGGCAUCUUCGCUUUUGAAUGCGACAGUAUUCAUGUCAGUGAGAGUGUUGGUGUCAUGGAGGUCAAGGUUCUGCGGACAUCAGGUGCCCGGGGCACAGUCGUCGUCCCCUUUAGGACAGUAGAAGGGACAGCCAAGGGUGGUGGUGAGGAUUUUGAAGACAUAUAUGGGGAGUUGGAGUUCAAGAACAAUGAAACUGUGAAAACCAUAAGGGUUAAAAUAGUAGAUGAGGAGGAAUACGAAAGGCAAGAGAAUUUCUUCAUUGCCCUUGGUGAGCCGAAAUGGAUGGAACGUGGAAUAUCAGAGAUGACAGACAGGAAGCUGACUGUGGAGGAAGAGGAGGCCAGGAGGAUAGCAGAAAUGGGAAAGCCAGUAUUGGGUAAACACCCCAAACUAGAGGUCAUCAUUGAAGAGUCCUAUGAGUUCAAGAGUACUGUGGACAAACUGAUCAAGAAGACAAAUAUGGCUUUGGUCGUGGGGACCCACUCCUGGAAGGACCAGUUCAUGGAGGCCAUCACCGUCAGUGCAGCUGGGGACGAGGAGGAGGAUGAGUCGGGCGAGGAGAGGCUGCCGUCCUGCUUCGACUACGUCAUGCACUUCCUGACUGUCUUCUGGAAGGUGCUGUUCGCCUGCGUGCCCCCCACGGGGUACUGGAAUGGCUGGGCCUGCUUCUCCGUCUCCAUCCUCAUCAUCAGCGUCCUCACGGCCGUCAUCGGGGACCUAGCCUCCCACUUCGGCUGCACGAUUGGCCUCAAGGACUCAGUCACGGCCGUCAUUUUCGUGGCGUUUGGCACCUCUGUGCCAGAUAUGUUUGCCAGCAAAGCUGCCGCCACCCAGGACGUGUACGCAGACGCCUCCGUCGGCAACGUCACGGGCAGCAACGCCGUCAACGUCUUCCUGGGCAUUGGCCUGGCCUGGUCCGUGGCCGCCAUCUACUGGGCCAUGCAGGGACAGGAGUUCCACGUGUCCGCCGGCACGCUGGCCUUCUCCGUCACCCUCUUCACCAUCUUCGCGUUCGUCUGCAUCAGCGUGCUCCUGUACCGCAGGCGGCCCCACCUGGGCGGGGAGCUGGGCGGCCCCCGCGGCUGCAAGCUUGCCACCACUUGGCUCUUGGUGAGCCUGUGGCUCCUCUACAUACUCUUUUCCACGCUGGAGGCCUACUGCUACAUCAAGGGGUUCUGAGCCACCGACGAGGCCUCCAGCAGGGCAGGCCUAGGACUUCUCCUGAGAGAAGGACAUUUCCCCACCGGGGACCUCCCCAGGAUGAGCUGCCCUGGAGAAGCAGCUUUGGGACCUGAGCCCCAGGAACUUCACCCGACCUACGCCCUGGUGGUGAUCUGAAAGGGCCGAGUCUUAAUCAAUCAAACAGAAUGGAGGAAACACCCACUUUACCGCGUAUUUUAUUUAGUACAAACCAACGACAGCAACAAAGCCACCUCCACCCGUCUCCCCAGUCGUGUCCCUGACCUGUGGCCAAGGUCAGGGCCUUCGGCCAUCUUCCAGCUCACCUUACGAGUACCCCUGUGCUGCUGCUUUCCUCGGGGGCAGGGUCCCCCCGUCUGUCCAAUCCGAUGCACCGCGGUCCUCUCGCUCACCUGGCGGGUGUGAAAAUGAGUCUUAGCCAUGUGGCCCGUUUGAGCUUCUCUUUUCAUUGUAAUUGUCAUCGUGGCUGCUUUCGUUUUUCCAUUAGGUUUUGCUCAUUGUUUGUUCGUUUUGUCUUUUCUUUCUGACGUUAGUGAUAAAGGUGCUGUGGAGGAACCCAGGAUCUGAGCCGAUGGAUAGAGGCGUGAAUUUUCAGACCCACUCUCCCACUCUCACUGGGUGACAGCCAUCUCUCGGCUCCGCCGAGGUCCUGUCCCCCCAUCUCCUUUUUUCCUCUGAGUUCUUAAGUGGACUGGUGACGUUGGGUAGAAGUAAGUUUGCACACCCACGCAGGGCACUAAAGAUCCCGGUGGUGACUGGAGCGGGAGGGGCUUCAUCUGCUUAUGUCAAAGUCAAGUUUAAAAGAAGUCAUUGUCCUUGUCCCUGCCCAAGCCUUUCAAAUUCUGUCUUGCGGUGUCAACAUCUGUGUGCUCUGUCUUCUGCAGGAAGACCCACCAAAUGCAAGAUGAGGGACAAAACUAGGAGUGGAGAGUGUCAGCAGAGCGCGGCUGGGGAAAGAAACAAAAGGGGUUUUUGCCUUCUUGAGCAUCUUUGGCUUUGUAUCUGAGGCAGGAGAGAUGAGAUGUCCCACUGGUUCGAUCUUUAAGGGGAAAGGUAUUUAAAAUGUCAGUGCUUCUGAGAAAGGUCAGCUUUACACAUAACACCCACUCACCCCUGCCGCUGUCUGAUGCACCGAACUAAGAGGCCUGGCUAUAUUUCUUGAGGUAACGCAAAAACUUGGCGAGGCAUAUAAGAAAACAAGGGGCUCCUUUCACCACUUCUGGACCCCUAGGUCAUGUCUGAAAGCGUUUUCACAAGAGAGGAACUGGAAUUCCUCCUGUCCCUCACAUUCCUGCUUGUUGUUUAACCUCCUGAAGCUCUUUUUCCAGCCUGAGGGCUAUUUCUUGCCCCAGUAGGAGGAUCUUAGUUGCCAUAAUACCAUGGAGCCUGGGUUUAUAGGAAAAGAGAUUGCCAUGCCCUCUAGAGCUUCUCCCAACAAACUCUGAAAGGACCUGGCUUUAAAACACACACACACACACACACACACACGCACACACAUGCACACAACAUGUGAGAUCACACGAAACUGCCCACAGGUCUUCAGGCUUUCUGCAUUGACAUAAAUACAUUUUUUAAAGGGAAAAAGAAAUUAAAAAACACCUGUUUAAUUUUAAACACAUUUUUUUAAGAAAAAGAAAUAACUAAAAAGAAACAGUGCUCAUGUCAUAAGCUAUAUUGACGGUUGCCAGUGGAAAUGUUGGGUUGGUUAAAAAAAAAUAAAUAAAAGCUACACUUAUAUCUCUCUAAA